AUGGCAAACAUAGCCAAACUUGAGUUCAUCGCCCUUGACAUCUCGGGCAAGAAUUACAUGUCAUGGACUCUUGAUGCUGAUAUUCACCUGAUCUCAAGGGGUCUAGGAGAAACUAUCAAAGAAGGAAACAAAGCGUCCGACCAGGAUCGCGCUAAGGCACAAAUAUUCCUUCGUCAUCACCUUCAUGAUGACCUUAAGACAGAGUAUCUGACUGUCAAAGAUCCACAAGAAUUGUGGACGAACCUCAAAGAAAGGUUUGAUCAUCAAAAGACUGUCGUCCUUCCUAAAGCUCGUUACGAGUGGAUGCAUCUAAGACUACAAGACUUUAAGUCUGUCCAAGGAUUUCAGUCCUCACAUGCCUUGACUGAAGCUACAAAGACUUUAGAUCAGGUGGACAACGAACAGAAGACUGAAGAUCAAAGACAGUACAACUGA